AUGAGCUCAAUAUUGCGGUAUGUUCUCCAACAAGUUUCUGCACUGGCAAAAAAAACAAGAGGGUACAUUGAUGACACCCUUGCAACCAAUGGAAAUGGAGGAAAGCUGGUGAUACAUAUGAAGAAAUGGGGUCUUCAUGCAAAAGCACCUGAAUAUUUUGGCGAAAACCCAGUUCGUGCACGAGGAUUAGAAGUCACAGUAAAUCCAUUAACAAAGAAGAUGUUUUGGAAAAGAGGACGCGAGCUUCCUAUUAUAAAAUCUGUGCUAACAAAAAGGGAUAUAUUCUCAUUAUGUGGUAAUCUGAUUGCUAAUCUACCAGUUGUUGGAUGGUUGAGACCGGCAUGCAGCUAUGUAAAAAGAUGUACUAACGAAGCAGGUUGGGAUGAACCUAUUACGAAUAAGUAUGUUACCGAAAUGAUGCAGGAAGUUGUAGAUAAAGCCGUAAAGUGCGAUCCGGCAAAAGGUGUAUGGAAUGUUAAACCAAAUACAUCUCUGACUGUGUGGUGCGACGCAAGUUCGCUGGCAAAAGGAGUUGUGUUAACGCAAGGUGACAGAAAAAUAGAAGUUGCGACAUGGCUCCGACCAAAGUCUGACGCAAUGCAUAUCAAUGUGGCCGAAUUAGAUGCAUGUAUUGAAGGUCUAAAUAUGGCAUUGAAAUGGAAUCCAAGUGAUGUCUCCAUUAAAACUGAUUCUCAUAGUGUAUUUAGUUGGUUAAAGUCUGAAUUGACUCGUGACAAACCUGUGAAAUGUGCUGGGCAAUGCGAAAUGUUAAUUCGACGAAGACUUCAAAUAUUUGAAAAAUUGGUCGAGGAUUAUGUCAUAAAUGUAACUGUUACAUGGGUACCAACAACUGAAAAUAUUGCAGAUGGACUCACAAGAGCUUGA